AUUUUAUCCUUACACCGGUGAAUCAACUGAGCUGCGUUUGCGUUGCGAUACAACCUCGAGCUGCUGAAAGCCGCUUAGCACCUGCAAGCCAAGGAUCGUUAUCAUACCUGAGCAUGCAGAUCCUGCGGGAGGGAACAUCAGCUUUCAGUAUUCAGGCCCGAUGCAGCUGGCUCGGCUCUUCCCGCCUUAUCAGCCGCAGGGGCUUGGGCGGGAUGUUGUGAUAAUCAAUGCUGUCGUUGCCAUUUGUCAAUUGAUAGGGAACAUUAGAUACAUACCUUAGGUAUAUAAAGGUUCUGUCUGGGCGAGUUGCCAGCACGAUUCUCUCAACAUAACUCCUAAACCUGGAAAGUAGCGCAUCACGAUGCAAUUGACCGACCGGCGGCUUUUCGCUGUCCUGUGCGCCCUUGCUGCACCUCUCGGAUGUGCUGGGAGAGUGGUAACGCGGGGAGUAAACAGCGAGACCGAGUGUCGCAAAACGACGGUCGCGAUACUUGGAGCGGGAGUUGCCGGUAUCACGGCCGCUCAGGCGUUGUCGAAUGCGUCUGUCUCGGAUUUUUUAAUUGUUGAUCGUAACGACUAUAUUGGUGGUCGCGUGGCUCAUACUAAUUUCGGAUCGAAACCUGACGGGACUCCCUAUGUUAUUGAGCUGGGCGCAAAUUGGGUGCAGGGACUGGGCUCUGAGGGCGGUCCUGAGAAUCCCAUAUGGACGUUGGCAAAGAAGUACGGGCUGAAUAACACGUACUCGAAUUACAGCUCCAUAUUGACGUACGACGGGGCCGGCGUUGCUAAUUUCAGUGACCUAUUCAAAACGUUUGAAAAUGCAUAUACGACGGUAGAGCAAGAUGCCGGGUAUAUCCUCACUGAUAACCUACAAGACACUAGUAUGCGCGCGGGGCUCAGUGUUGCCGGCUGGAAACCCAAGAAGGAUAUGCGCGCUCAAGCUCUCGAAUGGUGGGAGUGGGAUUGGGAAACCGCUUGGGCGCCCGAACAGAGCGGGCUUCUUUUCGGUGUUACGGGGUAUAACUUGACCUUCUACCAGUUCAGUGAUGAGAACAACUUCGUGUGGGAUCAGAGGGGCUUUAACACGUUCGUCGUUGGGGAAGCGCAUGAAUUCCUUGAGGAGAACGAUCCGCGGCUUCUGCUGGAGACUACCGUAACAACAAUCUCGUACGGUCCUGGUGGUGUGAUUGUUCAGCUUCAAGAUGGCGGGUGUAUCGAGGCUGAAUAUGCCAUUGCGACAUUUUCGGUAGGGGUACUACAGAACAAUGUAGUCGAAUUCGACCCUCCGUUGCCACGAUGGAAAUGCGAAGCUAUCGAGCAAUUCCAGAUGGGGACUUACACCAAAAUCUUCUUGCAGUUUAACGAAACCUUCUGGGAUCGGAAUACAGAAUUCUUCCUGUACGCUGACGACAAGUCCCGAGGCUAUUAUCCCGUCUGGCAGUCACUUGCCGCCCCUGGCUUUAUGGAAGAGUCCAACAUCAUCUUCGUGACGGUAGUUGAUGGCCAAUCAUACAGGGUUGAGCAGCAAUCUGACGAGGAGACGAAGGCAGAGGUCAUGGCAGUUCUUAGGACCAUGUUCCCAGAAAAGGAGAUCCCAGAUCCUAUCGAUUUCCACUAUCCGCGAUGGAGUACGGAAGAAUGGGCCUAUGGCUCUUACAGCAAUUGGCCGGUAGGCAUGACGCUGGAGAAGCACCAAAACCUUCGAGCCAACGUAGACCGGCUCUGGUUCGCCGGUGAGGCCACCUCAGCGCAAUACUAUGGGUUUUUACACGGGGCCUGGUUUGAGGGUCGGGAUGUUGGGAUGCGUAUUGCUGGUCUGCUUGGCCAGGAUAAAAAUCAUGAAUGCGAUGGAAACUCGACAGUAGGCUGCGGACAGAUGAUAGACUAUAAGAUUCUCCACGGGUCGACUUUUGCAGAUGAGUAUAACGUGGAAAAUGGGUGGCUAGCAAGUAGUUUCCUGACGUAUGGUUAUGAGGUGUGAAAACUUGAGAGGAAAUGUGGACUGUGUUGAUAGCACUCACUUUUCCCCUGAGUCACACUUACACUACUAUCCAACAUC